AUGUCGCAGAUCACCAUGGAAGAGUUACGAAGAAAUCAAGAAGCAAUGAAGGUUGAAAUCAACCAGCUGAAGACUCAGAUGAGUCUGAUCAUGGAGAUCCUGCAGUCGAUGCUGAGGAAGGAAGGCAAUCCCGUGCCAACUGUUGAACCAGAAGUGGUCACUCCGAUAAGCGUGCCUGACCCCCUUCCACCUCAGGAGCAGCCACGUGGAUUUCAUCCACAUCCUGUGUCUCCAAGGGCUCCAUAUCAGCGGCCAUUUAUUGUUCCCCGACCAAGGCAAAGGAACCCUGAGCCGAACCAGUACCCAAAUCAGCUGCGACAACCCACUCGACAAAGACCAAGAAAGCCAGUAAGGCAUAUUGAUCAACUUCCAGUGUCGUAUAGUCAAGUACUACCGUAUUUGAUCAAAGAUGGAUUGAUAGUGCCAAAGGAACUGCUCCAAGUGAUUCCUCCAUAUCCACCCGGCUUUGACGUCAACGCCCGAUGUGAUUUCCAUGCUGGGGCACAGGGGCAUUCCGUUGAGAACUGUAGAGCCCUCAAGCACAAGGUGCAAGACUUAAUUGAUUCAAGGGCUAUUAUGUUCACACCGCAAGGCCUGAAUAUAGUGAACACUCUAAUGCCUUCACAAGAGGGCCCAUCUGCAACAUCAUGA